UGCGAAUCACGAGGCCCGAGGAAUUGCUAGUUUGGAGGUGGGUCGCUCGCUCGCUCGCUCUGCAGCGGAAUUUGGCAGAGCGACGACGAUGACACGAUUAGCACAGCCGAGGAUCUGUGACGUGGCCGAAUUGGGGGAGCGGAGGGCCGAACCAAGACGCAGGAGCGCAGGAGUGCGCGCAGGAGGGAGUGCAACAGAAUUUCGAGCAACUCCGUAACAGAUCUUGCCGCCGUCUAUCCGGAUCGACCGAGGCAGCAGCUGCCACCACCACCACUGUCACGACAUAUGUACUGUGCUCACUCUCUCGAGGCUCCAGUGGAAUUCAAAGUUCAAAUCCACGCGCACCCGUCGCCGCGGUCCCAUCGGCAGCUGUGUGUCUGUCGUCCCGCCCGUUGUCCGUACCGGGCCUCGCGGAUAAGAGACUGACUCAUCAUUCGGGCGACGAGGAAAGCGAUCGAUCGAAGUGUCGAGAUUCCUUUCCGGAAUGCGCGACGGGGCCGCGGCCAUGAACGCCGAAUGAGAAAGAGGGAUCGAGGGAAAGACACAAGGCAAGAAAGGCAUCGGGGCGGUUGUCGUUUUUCUCGUUGGAAGAAGCAAGAAGCAGGAGAGCAGAUGAAUUUUCCGAGUCGCCUCUCGUCGGAUGCUCGCCAUCAUGGCGUUCGUCUCGUCCUCCUCUUGACGGUCGCCCUCGCCCUCGCGUGUUUGUCGCUCGCUGGGCGAGCCGUCGCUCAGGCCGGGAUCAACCAGGACGAAGGCGCCAAGGAAGACACCGGAUUUUGUGAUGAUGUUAUCAAGCCUUUCCAAAGCUAUAACUGCACGGAGUACAUGGUGUCGACUUUCGAUGGAUUUCUGCUCUCGCUUCAGCUCAUACAGAGGAACGACUGGAUUGGUCAAAGUUUCGCUGGCGAUGUGCUUUUCUGGCAUUCUGCGUUGCUGGGAGGAAGAAGUUGGUUCGUUGCAGACAACCCUACUCCUCUGGCCAUGGCAGACGCUGGCUAUUCGGUCUGGAUUGCCCAUGCGCGGGGUACUGAGUACACAUUCGGACAUCAGAUGCUCACCCCAAAUCAGAAGGAAUUCUGGAACUGGGAUAUGGAUGAAUGGGCCAACUACGACUUUCCAGCCAUCACAGACUUCGUGUUUUAUGCCACCAAAGGACGGAAGUUCCACUUCGUCGGCUACUCUCAGGGAGCUAGAGUUGGAAUUGGAGCGAUCAGCUAUCAGUGGAACCGGGCUACAAUGCUAGCAUCUGUUUCUCUGAUAGCUCCGGUUGUAUUCAUGGUGAACACCAUCUCGCCGGUCCUCGUUGCUUACAACUACACUCGUUUGGCGGAGCUGGCGUAUAAGAUUGGAGUUGGCAAAAUAAGCUUUGCUUCGAUCACAGACAGUUCCACCACAUCUCAGAAGCUUACGGAACUCAAACGAGAAGGUCUUUGUCAGUUCACUGGACCGAACUGCUGUAUAGACUCCGAUAAGGUAUUCAGAGUAAUGACGGGACCGUACUCUCUGACCACGUACAAGAACUUGGAUCACAUUGCGCAGAGUAUGAAGUCGCAAGUUUUCAAAGCCUACGACUUCGGAAGCCCGAACGCAAAUAUUGGAGUUUACCAAAACUCAGAACCGCCUACUUAUCAUCUGCAGCAAGUUCCCAACACCAUACCGUUGUUUGUUCUUUAUGGAGGUCAUGAUCGAUUGUCCACACCGACCGACGUCGAUUACUUUGUGUCUCAACUGUCAACUGUGCCCGAAAUCCUCUUUCAUCCACUGUACGCUCAUUUAGACUUCAUCUUCAGCAGGUCCUUGGGGUUAGAUAUCAAUCUUCCUCUCCUCACAUUUAUCGGGAAAAACAGCAACUUCAAAGGGUGAGUCAGAUAGACAAACAAUGGUUUCUUUCGCCAGACCCUUUGUUGAUAGGAGAGACUAUUAAGAUCGGACAGAUGGCACGUCCAUGUAGUUGCAAGGUGAGCACAUUCUCUGAGCCGGCUGGAAGGUUACAUGAAGUACUGGAUUCGACGAGGGUAGAGCUUGUGACAUAGUUUUUAGUCUCAGUUUUAAUUGUGGUUUCGUGUGCAUAUAUAUUGUCGUACAUAUUUAGGAGUUGCUAAUUAAGAUCGGCUCUGCUGAUCCAAAACAUUGUUGCAAGGCAAAGGUGACCAAGGUGAACAAAUGUAUCACUCUUUAGGCCAUAGCCGAGUCCUUGAGGACGUGAGACCAAGUGCAUUUCCUUUCUUGUAAUUGAAACUGGAUUCACUCAGUGGGUGUGUCCAUUCUUUUCACCGAGUCCAGAUUUUCAGAAACCCCAGUUAGCCGUAGGAGGCCCCUGCACGAUACCCAUCAUAAAGCGAAUGUAGCGACUCUUGUCUGAGAAUUACAUCUGCAUUUAAUUUCUAAGGUU